AGGAAAAAUAGUUUCUUAGAGAGCUGAAAUACUUUCUGAGAUKAUUUUCUCUCAGAUUUCUGAAAUAUUUUCUGAGAUUAGGUCACCAAAUACUAAGGAUUUUAUUAAUCUGCUGUUGGCAUACUCACAUGGCCAUUUUUGGUCUCGGUGUUAAUAUCUAGCUGCUAUACAAGGAAUGUUUUAUAAGAGAGAUGAAUUUCAUUCUAUUCAGCUCUUACAGAUAUGGAAGYUGUAAAAUAUGGAGCAGGGGAAAGAGGGAUCAAGCACAAAAUGAUAAAUAUUUAAAAUAAUCUACCCAGUAUGUUUGUAGAAAAGACCAGGACUUAAGCAAAACCAGCACCCACGUUUUGGGAUGCUAUGCCCUGUAGUCCCACCUGCUCCCAUUUCUUUAAGCGUAAGUCAGCUUUUAAAGGAAUUAUUUAAACACUUUCAUGACUGGGACUGAGAGCAGGAUKCUCUCCAAUGCUUCCCAAGCACUCAAGCCCUCCUGGUGCAAAGCUGCAAAGAGCUGUGAAUGGAUGUAAAUGGAGACAUGAAGUUCUGACAGCUGCCAGUCUGGCUCUGUGAAGUUCUUGYUUCUGAUGCAAAGAAAGAAUCUGGGUUGGCAGAGAACAGAAUAAUUAUUUCAUAAGGUCAUGAAGCCAUCGUGCCUUUUCACCUUAAAAGAUCAGCCCAAGUCUUUCUCAUCACUGUGAAAUUCUUUCUGAAGAAUAGCAGAGAGGAUAAACGAUAAGCCAUAACCAGCCCUGAGUGCAAACCUUUCUGUAUGAAAUCUGAGAAGGGCAGCAAGUGGGACGGAGGGGGCUGGGUUAGGGCCAGCUGGCUGCUCCAGUAGAUACUCAACUUCUGUUUGGAUUAUUUUAACCUGCUGCCAGAAAGAUAAAAGCUGAACAUUAGCCAAGUGUCUUAGGUUCAGAUCAGCACUGUCCAAAAUCCAUAGGAAGCCCGUUUUAUUUUCAGUAGCUGCGAGGUUUUGUUGCUCGAUGCACGUGUAGCAGCCCCUCCGAGAGUCACUCUUGUCCAGCYUCUGUGUUUAAAUAACGAGAAGAGUUUCUUCCUAUGCCAGACUCUGGGGAACGGUACGAUCGACAGCCACAUUGAGCUAACAUUGGAUAACCCCUUCCCUAAAUCUGCGGAACCAUCUGGGGCUUCUCAAUAUGAAAAAAGGAAUAAAUAAUUCGGGGAUUCGGGGCCGGUGCGGGGGAUGCUAUACCCGGGACCCACUGGUUGGGCAGCCCAGUCCCCGAAGUGCCUUGAGGGGAGAGCGGGAAAGCGGCCGUGAGGCUGGGGCUGGGGCUGGCCGGGCCCCGGUGCUGUCCCCGCGGCACUGACCCGCUGUCCGGCCCGCAGGGGCGAUGCCCGCCGGUGUCCGGGCGCUGCUGGCGCUGCUGGGGCUCCCGGCGCUGCUGGCGCUGGGCUGCGCCGCCGACAGCGACUUCACCGAGGGCAGCCCGGAGCGGCGGCGGCCCGGCCCCGGCCCCGCCUGCCCCCGCGACUGCGGCUGCACCCAGGAGGGCGUCGUGGACUGCGGCGGCAUCGACCUCAAGGAGUUCCCGCUGCUGCUGCCCGAGCUGACCAACCACUUGUCCCUGCAGAAUAACCAAAUAGAAGAAAUCUUUCCAGAAGAGCUUGCUCGUCUUUAUAGACUGGAAACUCUCAAUUUGCAAAACAACAGGCUGACUUCAAAAGGAUUGCCAGAGGAAGCAUUUGAGCAUCUGGAGAACCUGAAUUACCUGUACCUGGCAAACAAUAAGCUAACAGUGGCUCCAAAAUUCCUUCCAAAUACCUUGAUCAGUGCAGAUUUUGCAGCCAAUUAUCUCACUAAGAUAUAUGGGCUCACAUUUGGACAGAAACCAAACUUGAGAUCUGUGUAUCUUCAUAACAACAAACUUUCAGAUGCUGGGUUACCUGAUAAUAUGUUCAAUGGCUCUAAUAAUGUGGAAAUACUCAUCAUGUCCAGCAAUUUCUUGAAGUAUGUUCCAAAGAAUCUCCCUCCAGCACUAUAUAAAUUACACUUACAGAGCAACAAACUGGAGAAGAUUCCCAAAGGAGCCUUCAGUGAACUUGCUGGUCUGCGGGAGCUGUAUUUGCAGAAUAAUUACUUGUCUAAUGAGGGAAUGGACAACGAAACUUUCUGGAAAUUGUCUAGUCUUGAAUAUCUGGAUUUGUCCAGCAAUAACCUCUCACAAAUCCCAAGUGGUUUACCUCGAAACAUCAUCCUCCUCCACCUGGAGAAGAAUGCAAUUAAGGUGAUUGACAGAGAUGUCUUGACCCAAAUUAAGAACCUGGAGUACCUUUUGCUGCACAAUAACAAAUUAAAAGCCCGAGGUAUUCACCCCUUAGCCUUCCAUGGCUUAAAGAAGCUGCACACUGUCCACCUGUACAACAACAUGCUGGAAAAGAUCCCCAGCGGGCUGCCCCGGCGAGUGAAGACACUCAUGAUCCUUCAUAACCAGAUCUCAGAGAUUAACAGGAAUGACUUUGCUACCACUUACUUCCUUGAAGAGCUGAACCUGAGCUACAACAAGCUCAAAAGUCCCCAGAUCCAUCGGGAGGCCUUCCGUAAACUGAGGCAAUUAAAGUCCUUGGAUCUUUCUGGUAACCAUCUCCACACAGUGCCCUUUGGSUUUCCAAAGAAUCUGCAGGUUCUGAAGCUGAAGGAGAAUGAGAUAAGCAUCAUCCCAAAAGGGACUUUGUCUGGGAUGACAAAACUGCGAGAACUGUAUUUGAGCAACAAUAAACUGAAAGUAAAUUCAAUUUAUUCAAGAGCAUGGAGAGAACUCAGCAGUCUUCAGUCACUAGACAUGGCUGGCAACCAGCUGACAUCUAUCCCAUUAGGCUUGCCAGAAUCUCUGGAAUAUCUGUAUCUCCAGAAUAACAAGAUCACAACGGUUUCAGAGAAUGCUUUUGAAUCCACACCCAACAUAAAGGGGAUUUACCUCAGGUUUAAUAAGAUUGCAGUUGGAGCACUGAAAGAAAGUAUCUUCCAAAACCUGAACCACUUACAGGUCCUGGAUAUUGAGGGGAACCUUGAAUUCAGCAACAGUUCAAAGAAUAARGAUGACUCAGAAGAGGAAAUGGAAGAUGAGGAAGAGGAAGAGGAGGAAGACCUGAGAUAAAAUGUGAACUCGCACAAUCCCAUCAUGUGAGAGGAAAACAUAUGGAAAAAUACAUAUAUGUCUAUGUGUAUAUAUCUAUGUAGAUAUACAGAGAACACUUAGCAAAACGUGCAAUGAAUUACGCAGAAACUGUCAUGGCACUGGGCCAGGCUCAUGGAAGACAGUGUGUUUCAGUGCCUUAUUCAGGGAGAGACCCUGAAUGCCUUUCCAAAGCUUCCAAAUCAUCUUAUACAAGACCCAGGAUCAUAAGGGAUUGCUCUGGAACUCACAAAAGCUGGCUUUUGUUUCUUCUGUUCUCUUCCCUCACUGUUUCCAUCUGUAAUAACAAUAUGGGACUGUUUUGAACACACGCCUUCAAAUGCCAUUUUUGUCACUGCAUUUUAAGUGAACCAAGUUUAUGCCUCUUUUCUUUUCCUCCACCCAAAAGAAGCUGUUGUUGACCAGGGUAGAUGGACGUUUGCAGUAGUUUCACAUGYAGAGCAGUGUAUGAGGCAUUUUGGUCAUCAAACAGCAGUAAUAAUUCUGGGUGCAAUUAUUUCUUUGUUAUAACAAUGUGUAUAUUUGGAUGAGAAAAACAAAAUAAGGCUGGAUCCCAUAAUAUUUUAUCUGUACUGCCAAUGCCUGCAGUAUAUUCCUGUUUUAGAAAGGUUUUAAGAGAAAACAAUUGCUCUUGUGAAUAUAUAUAUACAUAUAAUCUGUAUGUCUGCCUUCCAGAGCUUUGGUAAAAUUUCUGUCUUGCUGUUGUUUGCCCAUGGGRCAGUUGGGUGAAUGUCUCUGAAGGUGUGAUCAGAGGAUAGAGUGACAGUAUGAAAUUUAAUGUAUAUGGUAGAAUUUGUCACAGUGUAUCUCAUUCACAUUGAUUGUCAGGAGUGAGACUAAUGAUGUAGAAGAAAUGAGUGAGUGUGGGCUGUCUUAGGAGAAAACUAAAAAGUGUCAAGAGAAAUUUCUUUGUUUAGCUCAAGUCUGGAAACACUGCCUGCUGUUGUACUCCCUUAAAGUCACCCUAUUUUAUAACGUUGAGUGCUCUCAGCUCCUGUUGUAACCAUGGAAAAUAAGGAGAACAAGGAAAAGAAGACCUACAGAAAUACAAGUUUCUUAGUUGGUUAUAAUAUCCUUCAUCAGGCAGCUAAUCUGCUUGACGAAAUGGUCUUUUCUUUUGAGGAUUUCUGAUCCUYAAAAAAACCCCAACAUGUGUUGUUUUGCAUACUGCAUUCCAGGAUUUACUUGGAAACAGUUGCCUUAAUUUUUUACCAGCUGUUUUCCUUCUGGAGCUCUAGUUCCACACUCUCCCUUUGGUUUCUCAUAGCACAUGACAGUAAUUUCAAGCUGUUGUUUUCUACCUUAGACAAUUCAACACAAUCAUUAAUCAUACAAGGAAAGAUUGCUUCCUGAAAAAGUAAAAGCUUGGCCCUAAAAAUUGCAAAAUCCACACAUUUUUGAAUAUCAGCUAUACAGCUGAGCAGUACAAUAGCCUUCCAACUGACUGGUGGGAUAGAUUUUUAUGUAAAAUGUUUACAGAAUGUAGCUCAAGGCAAUUAGCCAUCUCCAGCAAACASCCGUGGAAAUUUUGCUAGUCUUUGGUGAAUAUGACCAAUUUGUUAAACUCSUGAACAAGCUGAGAAUGUGCAGAUGUGUGCAGUUUUAUGGAGAACUGUUCUAUUGUCUUUAAACUUCAGUCCCUUGGACUAUGAUUCUGUGAAAAGUCAUGUACCUCAGAAUUCUCUGAAUCCCUCGAGAUUCUGAUGCAGUGAAUGCAGGGGUGAAGGUUCAUUUGAGCACCUGUGCAAUCAGACCCAAAAUGUCAGGAUGAUACAUAYACUGUUAAGCUUCUUGAGCAAGUGGCAGCCUUUGCUAAAGGAGACCCAUCUACAGUUUAAGAUACAUAUGGUAUAGACCAGGUAAAGUUGGGAAACCCUUUUACAAGUUUAUUUCAAAACAGYUGCACACUGAAUGUUCUCUAAAUGGGACAAUGUUUUCCAGCUGGAGAAUAAAUCCCCAAAAAAAACAAUGACUACUCUUCUCCAGUAAAAGUCUCAAAUGYCCCAGAAGUGUUUGAUAGUUCUGUAAGAGAUUGAGGGAGAACCACAGGCCUGAUUCCUCACUUAUUUAGUAACAUCAGCACCUAUGACAUUGGACUUAAUAUUGUCAGACCAAAAUUAUAGUUUACUUCUUUCUUUUAAAGGAGUCAGAGAUGCCUUUUUAAAGGAGAAGGAUGUUGAGAAAUAGUCAAAAGUCCACGGGAUUAAGCCCACRUAUUUUUUUGACUCUGGGUGGUACCCAUAAUCCAGAAAUCCAAUCCAGGCCUUGCGUGGAGCAGGACUGGGGAACUGGCUCUAAUUAAAUUAUUUCCAUUAGUAAAAAUGGGAGUUGGGAAGUUGGUCUUUGCUCCCACAAAGAGGCACAAAUGUUGCUUUCAYGUAACUUUCUUCCUGUGAUUUGCUAGGAUUUGGGAAAGAGACAAAUAUAAGUGUUUAAGGCUGAGAUAAAUGUAUGAACAGUGAAAACUUGAAGUCUARAAAGUCCAGUUGGCAAUUUUAUCCCUAAAUAUGCACUUGCACAUGCUUGGUAUUCCAGUGUGGUCUGUAUGCAGACUGAGGUCUGGGUUUMUAUGCUGUUUUUCUUUUUAAAGCCAUGUUUCCUCAUUACAGAGUACACUGCACAAAAUGGGGGUAAAUGGGAUUUUUCUGAGCUAUGAUUUUUCACAGCAAUAGGAGUACAAAUGCAGCAUGAGARCUAUAAAGAAUUAA